AACGGAAUCUCUGUCUUGGUUCCCCGCAUUCACCACAUCUGGCGGAGUUGCCGGCGGCUCUGUAAUAACCAGAGCCCGAAGAAAGCUGUUGCUAGGGUUUAUCUUGCAUAAUUUCCACCGGAUUCUCCGAGCCAGCCAUGGCGUGCGUGUAUAUACCGGUGCAGAACUCGGAAGAGGAAGUGAGAGUGGCUCUGGAUCAGCUCCCCAGAGACGCCUCUGAUAUUCUCGAUAUCCUUAAAGCCGAGCAAGCCCCUCUCGAUCUCUGGCUCAUCAUCGCGAGGGAGUACUUUAAGCAGGGAAAAAUUGAACAAUUCCGCCAAAUUCUAGAGGAAGGAUCCAGUCCCGAAAUUGAUGAAUACUAUGCUGAUGUUAGAUAUGAGAGGAUUGCUAUCCUAAAUGCUCUGGGUGCCUAUUAUAGCUACCUUGGAAAAAUUGAGACGAAACAAAGAGAAAAGGAGGAUCAUUUUAUUUUAGCAACACAAUACUAUAAUAAAGCAUCAAGAAUUGACAUGCACGAACCUUCAACGUGGGUUGGGAAAGGUCAGCUUCUCCUGGCUAAAGGUGAUGUUGAGCAGGCAUUUGCUGCAUUUAAGAUUGUGUUAGAAGGAGAUCGUGAUAAUGUCCCCGCCCUUCUUGGUCAGGCUUGUGUUGAGUUCAAUCGUGGACAUUAUUCUGAUUCAUUGGAAUUAUAUAAGAGGGCUUUGCAAGUGUAUCCUGAUUGUCCUGGAGCUGUAAGACUUGGAAUUGGUCUUUGUCGAUAUAAAUUGGGUCAAUUUGAAAAAGCUCGGAAUGCAUUUCAGCGGGUUUUGCAGAUAGACCCAGAAAAUGUUGAAGCUCUUGUUGCUCUGGCUAUUAUAGAUUUGCAAGCAAAUGAUGCUGCUGGGAUUAGGAGAGGAAUGGAAAAAAUGCAGAGAGCUUUCGAGAUAUACCCCUAUUGUGCAAUGGCAUUAAAUUAUCUAGCAAAUCACUUUUUCUUUACUGGUCAGCACUUUCUAGUUGAGCAACUGACUGAAACAGCUCUUGCUGUCACCAAUCAUGGACCAACAAAGGCACAUUCAUAUUACAAUCUAGCACGAUCCUACCAUAGCAAGGGGGACUAUGAAAAAGCUGGAUUCUACUACAUGGCAUCAAUCAAGGAAAUUAAUAAGCCUCAUGAAUUUGUGUUUCCUUACUAUGGUCUGGGCCAAGUGAAACUUAAGUCAGGAGAUUUUAAAAGUGCGCUUUCAAACUUUGAAAAAGUUUUAGAGGUUUACCCUGACAAUUGUGAGACAUUGAAGGCUCUUGGACACAUAUAUGUUCAGCUUGGCCUGACAGAAAAGGCCCAGGAAUUUAUGAGAAAAGCUACUAAAAUUGACCCACGUGAUGCUCAGGCAUUUCUUGAUCUGGGAGAACUGUUAAUUUCAUCUGAUGCUGGAGCAGCACUUGAUGCCUUCAAAACAGCCCGCAGUCAUAUGGAGAAGGCAUGUCAACCAGUACCAGUAGAAGUACUCAACAACAUUGGUGUUCUACAUUUUGAAAGGGAAGAGUUCGAGCUUGCACUGCAAAGUUUCAAGAAGGCCCUUGGUGAUGGUAUUUGGCUUACUUUCCUUGGUGAUGAUAAACUGAACCCUUAUGUAAUUGGUGUCGGUGCAUCCAUUCUUGACUACAAGGACAUGCAAUUGUUCCAUCGACUUGAAGAAGAAGGUCAUUCUGUAGAACUGCCUUGGAGUAAAGUCACAGCACUAUUUAACUUGGCCAGAUUGCAGGAGCAGUUACAGAACACAGAUGCUGCCUGCCUAUUUUAUCGCCUGAUACUGUUCAAGUAUCCAGACUACAUAGAUGCUUAUCUGAGGCUUGCUGCUAUUGCAAAAGCUCGAAAUAAUCUUCAAUUAAGCAUUGAACUGGUGAAUGAGGCAUUGAAGGUGAAUGACAAAUGCCCAAAUGCAUUAUCCAUGCUUGGUGACUUGGAGCUUAAAAAUGAUGACUGGGUUAAGGCAAAAGAAACCUUGCGUGCUGCUAGUGAUGCAACAGAUGGGAAGGAUUCUUAUGCUAUUCUUUCUCUAGGGAACUGGAACUACUUUGCAGCAGUUCGAAAUGAGAAAAGAAAUCCAAAGUUGGAAGCCACACAUUUGGAAAAAGCCAAGGAACUCUAUACAAAAGUCCUCGUCCAGCACACAUCUAAUCUAUAUGCUGCUAAUGGUGCUGCAGUUGUCUUGGCAGAAAAAGGACACUUUGAUGUUUCUAAGGAUAUUUUUACUCAGGUUCAAGAAGCUGCAAGUGGGAGUGUUUUUGUCCAAAUGCCAGAUGUGUGGAUAAAUUUGGCUCAUGUCUAUUUUGCCCAAGGGAAUUUUGCAUUGGCUGUGAAAAUGUAUCAAAAUUGCUUGAGGAAGUUUUAUUACAAUACAGACUCUCAAAUUCUCUUAUAUCUGGCUCGUACUCAUUAUGAAGCUGAACAGUGGCAAGAGUGCAAGAAAACUCUGCUAAGAGCCAUCCACUUGGCACCAUCAAAUUACACAUUAAGGUUUGAUGCAGGAGUUGCAAUGCAGAAGUUCUCAGCAUCAACCCUACAAAAGGCAAAGAGGACAGCAGAUGAGGUGCGUUCAACGGUUGCAGAGCUAGAGAAUGCUGUUCGUGUAUUCAGUCAAUUGUCUGCUGCUUCCAAUCUGCAUCUUCAUGGGUUUGAUGAGAAAAAGAUAAACACCCAUGUUGAGUAUUGUAAGCACUUGCUUGAAGCUGCAAAAGUCCACCGUGAAGCAGCUGAGCGUGAAGAGCAGCAGAACCGGCAGAAACAAGAAGCUGCUCGUCAACUUGCACUGGCUGAGGAAGCUCGCCGUAAAGCUGAAGAGCAAAGAAAAUUUCUGUUGGAGAGGAGAAAACAAGAAGACGAACAGAAAAGGCUCCAGAAGGAGGAGGAGCAUUUCAGGCGUGUACAGGAGCAAUGGAGGAGUAAUGCACCUUCUAAGCGGAGGGAAAGGUCUGAAAUGGAUGAGGAAGAUGGCGGGCAUAGUGAGAAGAGAAGAAGAAAGGGUGGAAAGAGGAGAAAGAAGGACAAGAACUCAAGGUCACGUUAUGAUAGGGAAGAGGAGGAAAAUGACAUGGGAGAUUAUCAAGAAGAACUAGAAGAUGAAGAUGCUGACACAAAUUAUAGGGAGUCCAUGAGCCAAUUGAAUGAUCAGGAUGAUGAUGCAGGAGGAAAUGCUCAGGAUAUUCUUGCUGCAGCUGGUCUGGAAGAUUCAGAUGCUGAGGAUGAGCCUGCACCUACUUCUGCAGCACGACGAAGGCAGGCAUUGUCAGAAUCUGAUGACGAUGAAGAACCUGUGAAGAGGGGCGCAAACAACAGCCCUGUCAGAGAGAAUUCUGCUGAGAUGCAGUUGAGUGAUGGAGAAAUUAGGGAGGAUAACAACAAACCAAACAGAGAUGUUGAUGACAAUGAGGAAUGACAUCAGACAAGAGGAAGAAACUAUAAUCUUUCCAUACUUUUCCUUUAACAUUAGAAUAGUUAAUCACAAUCUUGUUAAUAGAAAAUGUUUGUGUUCCCAUAGUUAAUCUAUUUACCCUCUAAUCUCCAUGUGUACAUUUACAGUAAUCUUAAUGCUUCACCAAAAGGGAGGAGAAAUUUUUUGCUGUUUAUCUUAAUAUGUAAGACAGUCAUCUCAUUCAUCUU